UUGAAUAUUAUACGCAGUAUUUGCAAGAGGGGUGCAUCCGGGUCUAGUAAACAAGGUGUGUGGAUAAAAGAAGAAGAUGAGGAUGAUGUUGUUAGAAGAAGAUGAGAAGAAAAAGAAGAAGAACAAGUACACAGCAACUCUGUUGCUCUGCCUCUUGUCAUGUCUUGUCUUGGUUGAGGUCAUGCCCUUACUCAAUGGCGGCAGCAAUUCCAUCUCCAGGGGUUUCAGAGAUGCUCCUCCUUCCACAUACGCUCUAAACCUCGGCUCAUAUUCCAAAUUGGUCAGCACUGGCACUGAGACCUACGAAUCAGAUGUGUUUCAGUCCGGUGGUUGUUACAAUUGGACACUGACACUGUAUCCGAGUGGUAACACUAGAGACAAUGGUGCAGAUCAUAUAUCUCUCUAUUUGAGACUAGACAAGCCAAGUUCCUUGCCACAAGGCUGGGAGGUUCACACCAAGAUCAGCUUCUUUGUGCAGAUUAAGCCACGGAACAAGUAUUUGGUGGUGGAGGAGAGGGAAGUGCAGCGAUUGGACGCAGCGAAAACAGAGUGGGGAAUAGGGAAACUGAUGCAGCUGUCGACCUUGUUGAACGAGAAGAAUGGGUACCUUGUGGGAGACAAGUGCCAGUUUGGAGCUGAGGUCAUUGUCCUGAAACCCUACCACAACUCGGAACGACUCUCCUUUUUAGACAAGCCUGAAAACGGCAACUUCACAUGGAAGAUGUUGCACUUCUCUCGGCUGGAGGAGUACAAGUUCGUCUACUCCGAUGAAUUCGCCGUCGCUGGAAGUAACUGGAAAGUGAGAGUGGCACCGAGAGGAGACGGGGAUGGAUGGCGCAACUACUUGUCGAUAUAUUUGGAGCUAUCCACCCAAAGCCUCCGCGUGAAUGAGAAGGUCUACGCCAAAGCCAGCAUCCGAGUCCUCAACACAAACCCAUCCAACAACAUCCAGAGGCAACUCGGCAAAUGGUACUCUCGAGAGGUACCCUCUUUGGGAUUCCAACGAUUCAUGUCUCUUGUUGAUCUCCACGACCAUUCCAGAGGUUACCUCGUGGGAGAUAGAAUCACCAUUCAAAUCCACUUCCACCUCGUUUCAACUACUUAAUUUAUACAUUCCUUAGCCAACUUUUAAUAUACAGUCCGCGCGGAUAAUUAUUAUUAUUUAGUAUUUCAUACGAAAUUAACUAAUAUUUAUUGUUUUCA